UGAACAUCAAAUCAAACAUGGACUAUUUGUCAGACGUAAUUGUGUAUUGCCGUGAGCUCUCUAGCGAGAAAGCCACAGAAAGGAAGAAAAGUUUAGAGAAGCUGAAAAACUUGUUGCAUAAAAAGUCUGUGAUUAGCAGUUUGGACUACAACUCACAACAUGGCCGUGAAAAGGUUAGAGAACGCAAUGCUCUAACCUGGGAUGACAUCAUAAGGGAAGUCCAUUCUUAUGUCUACCUGGAGACACAGUUACUUCAGAAAGGGAAGGAACCACAGUCGGCAACUGCCAGAUCCAGCAGAGAGAAGAAAAAGCAAGAGAUUGGGGGAGUGUUUAAGUUUGUUGUCAAACAAGCAGAAAAUAGGGGUCCAAGGCUGAGAGCCUCCCAACUGAUCAGACAGAUAACAGAGGUGCUGAGGGAUGAGUUUAUGCUGGUGGCCUAUGGCUCAGACUACAGUAGUGUGCUGCUGAAAAAUGUGCUCACUGUCAGAAAAUACUGCUCCGAAAUUGGGGAGAAGACGUGGCAUGACUUAAUCACUCUGUUCUGCAAGUUGUUUGGGGACCCUGAUUGUGGAUUGGAUAAAAUCUUGUUGUCCCGAAUCAUCCAUUCCUUGAUUUCUGCAGCAAUGGUUAGAUGUGAUCUCAGGCCAAAGAAAUUACUGGCUUUCUUCACAAAUGUUUUCAAGGACAUCAGAACUGAGAAGAGAUUUGCUGUGAUAGAACACCUUAUUAGUGCUGUUAACACCUUUGUGCUUUCUAUAGCCCAGAAUUCCAGGGCACAAGUUUGCAAAUUUGGUGAGAGUAUUUGUAUAAACAUGCUCUAUCUGUGGGAAAAUAGACCUUCCAAUACGUUGAAGGAGGAGAUAUUGGUGUUCCUCAGGACACAGAUGGCAGCACACCACCCAGGUGGAGUCAGGAGGGAUCAGAUCGGAUCUUUCGCCCAUGAUUGGGAUGAUUGGCAGAGCUUGUUAAGAAAACUGUAUGAACUCUUCUACACAGACUUACAACAACAGAACAACAGGACCAGGUUUUCAGCCAGCUCAAAAGAUACAAAUUUACCAGAAAAUUAUCUAGAACUCAUAGUUGAUAUCUGCAAUCAGCUGUUUCUAGAGAAUGUCAGCUCCAUAGAUGUGACCCAGAUCUCCACACAGCAGGGGCCAGGGACCAAGAAGAGGCGGCUGGAAUCGGGAUGGUGCUAUGUUCUGGAAUUUCUAUCUGAUAGAGACCAACACCUGCAGAUGAUUCCUUGGAUUCAACUCGUCACCCGAUUCCUGGAGAAAUACCCCAAGAAUUUCCCACAAGAGCAAGUUGCUCCUUACCUGGCAACCAUUGCAAAUCAGCUUGGAGAUUUUAAGCGAGUGGAAGUAAUUCGCCAUUUAAUGGAUUGUGCCAGGUCUUUUAUCAAUGCAUUGAAAAUGUUUCCUGAAGUGUCAGAACAUGGAGAGAUUCUGAAGAAAAUCAGUUUAUCAGCAUUACGGUGUGUGAGCGUUCAUCAAGCAGAAGACAGUGCAUACCGUCUUCUCACCAGUAUGGCACGACAACAGCUGGUGAUUGAGCAGGAGUUGUGGAACCUCUUCCUCCCCAGUGUCACACGCCCCAGUAGUAGUGCAGUGCAGUUUCUAAACUCUUACCUGACACUGUACAAAAUCCCAGAACACUACAGAAAUCAUCUGACAUCACUUCUUGCCCAAAGCUUGAAGGGUGAGGAGAAGAAUUACCCAUUAAGAAAACAGUUACUGGACUGGGUGUUUCCGGAGAGAAGUCAGUGCUUGAACAUUUCAGCAGGAAUGACCAGUGAACAGAGAGCGGAGCCUUGGGAGAUCAGUCAUCUAGUGGUAUUGCUGUUGCUGAAAAACCAAAGUGACGUGCCAAAUCCUUGUUGUGAUUUUGACAAGAAUGCUGGUGGUAGUUACUACACAAAUCUUGAACAGCUGUUUUUACAGUCUUCAAAUGAAUUUGAAAUUGAAAAGGACAUUUUAAAGGUGAAACCCAUUAGCAUGUGUUCAAUUAAUGUCAGUCUAUUGAAUGAACUUUAUAAAAGUGUUUUAUGUCUCUUUAAAGAAAAAACCACUAUUCUUGAUGAAGUGACAGACUGUGAUUUGAACCAUCUAGAAUCUCUAAGUUGGUACAUUUGUAUGAUUGGGAAUUUUAUUGUUUGGUCUGUGAGAUACAAAGUCUUUCAUGAAGGGGAAUUAACAGAAGGAGAAUGUGUGAAGUGUAUGAAGGUGCUGCUCCGAAAGUUUGGAAGAAAUGUGAAACUUGUUGCUGCCCAAGAAAACUGUUCCAGUUCUUUUAGAAUCCUGACCAAUCUCCAAAGAACAUUUCUUCCUGAUGAGGAAUUAAAUUCAGAUGAAGAAUACUCAGUUGCUCUGAAACUGCGCUCUUUGGUUCCAGCAUGUGUUAUAGAGGAGUUUAUGAACAUUGUCGUGGAAAAGAAUAAGAAAGCAAAUGGCAACCAAUCGUUCGCAGCUGACAAAUCCCACAUAAUUCAUGGGGCGGAUGAUUUUGAUGAUUUUGACAUGGAAGAUAGUACACAGAACACUGAGGACCAGGAUGAUGAUUUCAUGGAUGACGGUUUUGCUGAAUCCCAGGGAUCUGAGGCCACAGAAACACAUGGGCAUGCUCUGAAAUCAAUUUUGGACGAAAGCCAGUUGACUGAAAAACAAAAGCUGCAUUUGGAAAUUGUGAUGACUCUGUGUUUCUGGUGUGGUUUUGACAGCCCAGAUGUAAAAAAGAAAGCUGGUAUUGAAAUGGAUGUGGACCAGUCAUUCAUAAAAUCAAAACUUGUCAAAACUCUGGAAUCCAUUGAAUCUAACAGGUCUUUUGAUUUAUCAAAAUUAAAAUUGGUUAUCAAGGUGUUAACUUCAUCGUAUCAGCAUGUAUCUGAAGAAAACCUCAGCUCCAUGAUAACAGCACUCAGGGUUGUGGCCAAGGCCCAGAGACAGGACCAGGAGGUGUGUGCUCUCUGUCUAGAGUCGCUGUGUCACCUGGUGCACCUCCUUCAGUCCGGGGAUGACAUGGUCACUCGCUGUGUCUCCGAGAGUCGUAACGAUGCCCUCAUACUGCUCUCAGCAUUUCUAAAUUUACCUUUUGACAAGUGUCCUGAGAAGAUGAGGCUUGAAAUGGCUAAAUGCAUGGUCCAGUUUCUUAAAGCAGACCCAGAACAAAAUUGGGCAAAAGUUUCCAUGAAAGGAGAUGAUGGAACAACAGAAAAGGUUCCUGUGGCUAGUGAAUUCAUAAAGUACCUAGGGGACCUCAGUCAUGCUGUCAGAAUAUAUUGUGCAAAGGCUGUACAAGGGCUGUUUAUGUGUAACAAUAUUCCCUGUGACAGGCUCACCCAGGACCAGUGCUUUGAUACCAUCUACAGUGAGAUCAUGGAUUUACUCAACUUGCAGGACAACUUGUCAGCCGAGAGAGCUUUGGACGAGAGGAACAACCGAGUAGGCUCUGCCCUGACAUGCCUGGCUUACAUUGUGUGUGCCAGUCCAGUGUGUGAGAAAAAGGCCUUGUUUGCUUUCUGUCAGUUGACCAAAGCAAGGAAUGUGGAAACUGAAAAAAUCAAAAUGAAUCUACAUAAAUUGGCCAAGGUUCAAGGCUUUGAGAAUGAGAAGAGUUACAUACAGACUUAUCUCCCUUAUCUGAUCCACCAGUGGCUCUGUCUUCAAUAUAGUAUGGAGGAUUUCCCCUUCCAAUUAGCUUUCUGUGAUUCUAAACACAGUUUUUACAGAGAGCACUAUGAGAUUUUGAUAACAGAACUGGUCAUGUUUAAACACAUUGACACAGCUAGGAGUGUGGCGGCUAGCCUUGACAGAGACUGGUUGGAGGUGCUGAAGCUGUGUAUUCCAAAGAUCGUGGUGUUUAUCCUGCCACAGUUUGCUGCUUCCAGGAGUGGUGAGACCUCUAACGAUCAGGUCAAGAAAAGAACCGCUCAUGCCACCGCCUGUUAUGAUCUGCUAGCUGAGCAAGCCACAAAGGAGGUGGUCGACAAGUGCAUUGGGAGUAAUUUAGAUGUCAUUGUUGUCAACAUCUUGUUGUGUCUGUAUGACCGAGAGGAGGAUGAAUUUAUUAAAACACCGAUCAUCAGAAACCUUGACCCAGAGCCCAACCCUCCCUGCUAUAAUUUGUACCAGACCCAGACCACCCUGGAUUAUCUGACCAGUAGUUUCUCAGGGAACAAGUCUCUGGUAGAGGUCCUGUCCAAAACACCGGAUUCCCUACAGAAGAUUCUAGAGCAGCUCUCCCUAAGGCUGUUCACGGACCACCGACUCCACGAAAAGCGGCGGGUGCUACUGAUGUACCGCCUCAUCUGUAGGAGGAUGCUGAGGGACCUGGAGGGGGGACUGGGGGGAGGCUUUGUCUUCCUACUGAGGGAAAUCAUCCACCGCUUGGUCUAUCUCCUACAGGAAAUGAGGGAACAGGAAGGAAUAAGAAAUGAAGAAAGGCAUGCUAACAACAUCAGCUGUAUGGCAUUAGAACUCUUGCACGAUGUUCUGAAGACAGCCAUUUUAAUUAAUUCCAAGGAGGUAGAAAAGUAUUUGAAGUUUAUCAUCAGCAGUUUGGUACCCUUCACAAAAUUAUCUCCUUUGCUUUGUGAGCAGGUCAAGAAUUUCCUCAGAAUGCUGAUCAUUGACAAUAAGAGGGGGUUGAAAUCAGCCAUAGCACUCCUAGAUCCCUUUCCAGACAGAGAGGAGUUUCAGGAAUUUACUGCAGUGUAUCAAGAAGUCCGCCUCGCCAACGGUCCCACUACUUUGUGCCAGAUCAUAUCCAAUUAUUUGAAUGAGGAUGAGAAAAUACUCUCAAUGGAGCAUUCUAAAGAAGAACUACAUUUCUUAUCACAAGAGCUGGCCUCUAAAACAGAUGAAUUUUCUGAUCUAAUGGAAUCUGAACAGGGCAAGCCAGGAGGAUUAUUGUCUGGUCUGGUGAUGAAGCUGGUAAAGCACUGUCAGAUGGUGAAGGACACGCAGGCUCUGAGGGCAAUAGGUCGGUGUCUGGGGGUGGUCGGCCCUGUCGACCUGAUGGUGCUGGCCCUGCCUAGCCACAAUAGCCAGACCGGGGGAGCCAAGUACAGACAGCUGCAGGUCAUUGAACGUUUGGAUCAGUAUCUCAUCGACCAAGAUAUGAAGACAGUGCAAGCUACAUCCCUAGUGUUGAAGACAAUGUUCAGCUCAUCGUUAGGAAAUGACUUGAGAACUCCAGAUAAAGCAGACAUCUUUCAGGGCUUACAACCAUUUUUUCCCAAGAGAAAGGGUAAUGCUGUUAAUGGAGAGCUGCCUAAGACAAGCUAUGAGGAGUUUGUGGGGGCCAUUAACAGGGAUGGCUUAUGGUGGGACAGCACAGAAUCACACAGUGCCUGGCUCGGUCAGCUGACCUCUGCCCUGUUGACCUCCGGAGCUGUUACCAACCCUUUGUUGUACUGUCUGAAACCUGUUUGUCUUUUGAAGACCAAAUUCUGUGAAUUUCUUCUUCCUCAACUGAUCCAUGACAUUCUGAGUUUGAACAAUGCGGGUUAUCAAGAAAUCCUUUCAAGCCAGAUUUCAAAGUUCUUUCUACAACACUGUCGUCUAUCUCCUACAAAGUCACAACAUGGAGAAUCGAGUAUCUGCCUUAAUAAAGAGUCCAUCAAAACAAUGCUUGGAGUGAUAGAAUACCUCAGACAGCAAACCAGAGCACAGCAAGGAAGAAAGCCAUUGACAGUGUGGGACAACAACUUCUGGUUGGAUGUCAAUUACCUCCACAUAGCCAAAGCGGCCCUGUAUUGUUCUGCCCACUUCUCUACAGUGCUGUACGCAGAGAUCUGGUGCAACUGUCAUAGACAACAAGAGGAGACCCCUAAGAGAUCUUCUAAAUUGUAUGAGGCUGUGAGCCAGAGCUUCACGCAGGAUUCUCAGGUCGACUCUUUGAGCUCAGACUGUGAGGGAGUGUCCCUCAAUGUGCAGGACAUCCUUCUGGAGGCCUACAGACAGAUUGGCGAUCCAGACGGUGUAUAUGGAUGUGGAGCAGGAAGGCUGGCAGAUCCAGUCUCCAGAAUAAGAAUGUAUGAGCAUGAGGGUCAGUGGGAGAAGGCUGUCAUUACAUAUGACAUUGGACUCCAGCAGCAUGCAGCAGAACAGGAGGUGGACCUGCUCAAGGCACUGGAUAGUUUUGGAUCGCAUCAUUUGCUGGACAACUACCUGGAAAAUUAUCCAAAGUCAAAGACAGGAGAAAUUCGAAACCUUGUCUUCAUGUCUGCUAUAAAAGUAGGAAAAUGGGAUCUGGCCAUUGAAGAGAGCCCUUCUGGUAGUGAAUGUAGAUUCAGUGAAGCCAUGUACAGAUCCUUGAAUUCAUUAAAGGACUCCCAGUUUUCUCUGGUUUCAUCCUCUCUAGACAUUGCAAGAGAAGAUGCCAUCAGGAGAUUACAAGAGGCCAGCAUUGAGAGUUGCCGAUGUCUGUACCCCAUCCUAUCAGAUCUCAAGUGUGUCUCCCAGAUAGAACAAGCACUCAGCACUCUCACCAGCUCUGAGUUCAGAUCUAUAGAGGAUAUUUUGAAAGCGUGGACCCAGGAGAAGUUGUUUUCCAAUGACUUUGAGUAUAUAGAGCCCAUCUACAACAUUAGAGUGUCGGUCCUACAAGUGUUACACAAUCAGACUGACAGUGUACAGACAUGUAUGCAGAGGGAGCUUCUAGAACUGUCCAGACUCGCAGUGCAGAAUAACAGAUACCUGGUUGCAGAGAGAGUGGUGAGCAAGUUAAAAUCUUUGGAAACCUCGGACUUUAAUCUGCAAGUUGAUAAACUCACUGAGGAAGCAAACCUUUUCUGGGCCAGAGGAGAACAAAAUAUUGCCAAACACAUGAUGAAAAAGCUGCUGAAAAUGUUAGAGCAAAAGCAGGAGAGUAACAUUGAAGCAGCCAAGCUUUACCCCAGAGUACUCAGUAUGUUUGGAAACUGGCUGGCAGAGACUCACUCAGAAAAUCCCAACAUCAUUAUGGAGGACUAUCUAGAAAAGACAGUAACACUUUUGGAAAGCUUGGAGGAGGAAGGGGACAUAAUCCUGGAUGCCCAUCUCUCCCUGGCACGGUUUGCUGAUGGGCAGUACCAGCAUAUUGUCAACUAUAUGAAGUCCAGUACAUUUGAAGCCAAGCAAAACCUGAUGUUGAAGGCCAAGAGAGAAAUGAUGCGAAUGCAGCAGCUGGGAAAAGAGGAACUGGAUAAAGAUCGUUAUUUCAGAACCCUCAGUAAACAGAGUGAAAUAGAUCAGUCUGAACUGGAUGCUAUGGGGGAGGACAGAGAGAGGUAUCUGAAGCAGGCUGUACAGAACUACAUAAAAUGCCUCAAGCAUGGAGACAAACACGACAUCCGUCUAUUCCGCCUCGUCUCCCUAUGGUUCAGCAAUCCCACAUCAGCUGACAUCAGUGGAUUAAUCAUGAUAAAUAUAGAGAAUAUUAAGUCAUACAAAUUCCUGAGCCUGAUUUAUCAGCUGUGUGCCAGAAUGGACACCAAUCCUCCUGCUGAUCAAACCCCCUCCCUACAAAAAGCACUGAUCAAGAUUAUUCAUCGGACAGCUGUAGAUCAUCCCCAUCACGCUUUGUUCUGUAUUUUUGCCUUGGCCAAUGCUAAACGAGACUCAGAACUAUUAAGGAAGAGCACAGCCAGUAAAAGUCGGCUCACUAAGGGUGGCCGGGGCAACCAGUCCGAAAACGAGGGGAGGAUAGAGGCGGCUAAGACCCUGAUUAAUCAGCUGAAGAAGGAGCGCGGCAUUAGUGGCCUAGUCAACAACAUGGAGACCCUGUGUGAUGCCUACAUACAGCUGGCCAACUACAAUGUGUCUCAGUUCAGGAACGAGACAAAGCCUAUAAAUUUGGAUAAAAGACUUUGGAUUAUGCAGCUAAAGGAAAUGGAAAACAUUGCUGUCCCUACUGACAAUUUCCCAAUUGACCCGUCAGGAGACUAUAAAUCCAUUGUGACACUAAAAGGAUUUGAACCAACAUUUAAACUGGCUGGAGGGAUCAAUUUGCCCAAAAUUCUUACCUGUUUGGGAUCAGAUGGAAGGAAGCGUAGGCAGCUGGUGAAGGGAAAAGAUGAUUUACGACAAGAUGCUAUCAUGCAACAGGUGUUUGAAAUGUUGAAUACCUUGCUUCACAAAAAUCCAGGCACCAAGAAAAGAAAUUUGUCAGUGAGACAGUACAAGGUGAUCCCAUUGUCCCAGUGUAGUGGGGUCCUGGAGUGGUGCGAGGGAACACUGCCUAUUGGGAUGUACCUCAUUGGAGAAAAAGAUGAAGCAUCGGGAGCCCACAAAAGAUUCAGACCGCAGGACAUCACAGCCCGUGCCUGUCGGGACAAGAUGGUUGAAACAGCACGAAAACCAUUAAAAGACAAACUAAAGAACUUUCUGGAAGUUUGUUCCAAGUUUCAGCCAGUUAUGAGAUACUUCUUUAUGGAGAAUUUUUCACAGCCGUCGGUGUGGUUUGAACGUCGACUGGCUUACACCAAGAGUGUAUCCACCACUUCUAUUGUGGGAUACAUUCUGGGCCUGGGAGACCGACAUAUACAGAACAUUUUGAUUGACACAAAUACGGCUGAACUAGUUCAUAUAGAUUUGGGAAUUGCUUUUGAGCAAGGAAGAAUCUUACCCACCCCUGAGACUGUUCCAUUCCGGCUGACAAGGGAUGUGAUUGAUGGAAUGGGGGUCAGCGGAGUAGAAGGGACAUUUAGAAGGUGCUGUGAAAAAACAAUGGAAGUGAUGCAUAACCACCAGGAGGCGUUGCUGACCAUUCUGGAGGUGCUACUGUACGACCCCCUCAACAACUGGACCAUCUCCCCACAGAAAGCGGCAGCUCUCCAGGGCAGAAGGGACCGCAUGGACACCGAGACAUCCGAACUAAAUGUCACCAUGGACAUUGAUAAUGCCAAUACAAGUGCUCAUGAUUCACAGGAGAGUGUAAACAAACUUGCAGAGCGAGUGCUUCUCCGACUCCAGCAGAAGUUGCAGGGAUACGAGGAGGGGGUUCAACUCAGCGUGACUGGUCAAGUCAACAACCUAAUACAGGAGGCUCGUGACCCCAAAAAUCUCUGUAAACUGUUCCCUGGCUGGCAGCCCUAUAUCUAGACAGGCCACCCUCAAGGAAGCCUCUCUCAACAAGCUUGGACAUUUAACUGUACAACCCCAUCCCCCGAGUGCCAAAAUAAGUGGAUAGAUCAAAGGACCUGACCUAGCCAUUAACUCUUAUGUUGUGAAUGUUUUGUUGCUGUUUUUUUUUUUCUUAAUUACUUGCUUUAUUUGACAUGAACAUCCAUUAUAUAAUCAGGAAACAUUUUGUGGAUUAAAGCUGUAAAAUGAUGAUUGCCAUGAUUUGUAUCAACAAGAAAAUAAAGGUACGGUAGAUUUUCUAGCAAAGUUUAAGCUUUUAAUUGCAACAGAGAGGGAAUAAAAACAAAAAUUGCUGCAUUUCUUUACCACAGUAUAAUACAGACCUGAUUUGAAGAAAUUGUCAGACUUGUGAGAUCAUAUUAGUAUACAUGAAUUAUUUCCUCUCAUGAGUAGCAUUUUAUUCCAGCUACAUGUACAUGUUCUGUGUAGAACUUUGUUUACAAGGAAAAAAGUCAUUUUCAAUGAUAUUAUUUUUUAUUAUUUCUUUCUUGGAUUUUGAUAAAACAUCCACAUACACAAGAAAAAAAUUGUCUUGCACCUGAUAUACAUUAUGUAGUGAGCAUUUACUCAAAAUACACUGCUGAAAA